GUCAUCCCGUUGUAGAUGAAUGGCUUCAUUCAUUCAUUCAUUCAGGAUGCAGGGUCCCUUGAAAGCAGUGCGAAGGAGGGGUGGGGGAGAGUGAGGGCGUGGGCACUCUCUCUCUCUUUAUGGCUCCAGCUUUCGGAUAUUUUCGUGAUUAGGCUUGAUGGGUUUCAAAAGGCAGCAGUUCAGCUGGUGAAGCCAGCAAAGGGUACAACCACUUUGGCUUUCGUUUUCAAGCAUGGCGUCAUCGUGGCUGCUGACUCGAGUGCCAGCAUGGGCAACUCCAUCUCCUCGCAAUCGGUGAAGAAAAUUUUGGAAAUCAACCCUUACUUGUUGGGCACAAUGGCUGGAGGUGCUGCAGAUUGUCAGUUUUGGCAACGAAAUCUAGGCACACGAGUAUCUCAACGUACUUUUGUUGCUUCUAGUUCUCUGAAUGUAGAACAGUAGGCUGUGAGUAUGUGGAUGUUCAUGCAAGUCAACUACUGGGAUCACAUGCCGGCUUCAUGAGUUAGCGAACAAGAGGCAUAUUUCAGUGACUGGAGCUUCAAAGUUGCUUGCAAACACCCUCUACUCAUACAGAGGAAUGGGUCUGUUCAUGGGCACUAUGAUUGCUGGCUGGGACGAAACGGUACAAGUUCUUAGGACUUCUAAGUGAUGCUCCUGAUGUGAGGUCUUAUUUGUUGAUAACAUUGGAAACCAUCAAGGAUGACUUCACGACUUUGGACAGCCCCUGAUUAGAUAGUCAUCACAAUGAUUUGGCUAGCUACUGAUGUCGAGACCUGACCAUUCGUUUCUUGAUGAGCUUUGAUGGAGCGCCGUUGACUUCAAGUUCUGGGAACCAAUAGUUUUCGGACUGCAGCAGUUUGCUAAUUUGAUGCACGAUUCUCGUGUUGAACAAGAUGAUGGGUCGCCGUAUGUCGGUGCAUUUUUAUGUCAUCUAGGAUACUUUAGUUGCAUCAAUUUCCUAAUCUACAAGAGUUUUGUCCGGAGACAUGUAUUUUGGUGAGGUGUGACAUACAUGUCGAUGGCAGGGUCCAGGCCUAUACUACGUGGACAGCGAGGGGGGCAGAGUGAAGGGCACACGCUUCUCUGUUGGAUCUGGGUCUACCUACGCAUAUGGUGUACUCGAUACAGUGUAAAGAACGGAUAGGUUGCGUUAAAAAUGAUACGUUGUUGUGCUGCACAGAUGAUGUCUAUCCAUUAUCUUGCCGUUUGUUAUGUUUUAUAAUUCAUGUGUAUCGUUAAUGAACAUUCUUUGUACCAAUCCGUUGUUUGGAAUAGUAUUCUUAUGCUUUGAAAUCGUUGUGUAUCUAUCUAGGUAUUUCUUUAUCUAUUGUUGAUUACAGCUUCAAGCAGGACAUGUCCAUCGACGAAGCAGUAGAGCUUGCGCGUCGUUCUAUUUACCACGCCACUCUCCGUGAUGGAGCUAGUGGUGGCGUCGUCAGCGUUUAUUAUGUGGUCCGAGUGGGUGGAAGAAAAUGUCAGGUGACGAUGGCGGUGAACUACACCAUAGUUAUUAUCCAGUUCAGGAGACCCCUGCCGAGGCAGAGAUGAGUGAAGCAUCCGUAUAAGCAUUGUCAGAAUACGGUCAAUCAUGCUGAGUGUUCUACAUAAUGCUGUUAACAAUGGUCAGCAGUGUUCAAGAGCUGCACCGACCAUUCUGGGGAUUCCAGGGUUACGGGAUUUUCUGUGUGUUAUUGUCAUCGAUUCACGAUACAUUCAUGUCAAUUUUUUUUUAUACAUUGCAGUGCGACUUCGUCUUCGCACGGUUGAUAUCUGGGAUGAGUAGUUUUACACCUUUCAAACGGGUUACGAAAUGGGUGAUCUAAGCUUCAAUUUGAGCA